GUAAAUCCGCGGCACCGGGAGGCUACCGCCGGUCCCGCUAUGCCUUCCGAGGGCCGCUCCUGGGAGACCCUGCGGGCGCUACGCAGGUCUGACAAGGGCCGCCUGCCCUACAGCCGUGAUUGGCAGCUGCGAGGCGAGGAUGUUUUAGAAGAAUGCAUGUCUACUCCCAAGCUGUCUGCUUACUCUGGGUGGGUGGUAGAUCAUGUCUUAUCCCAUACGCAAGGGAACGCACCACCUGCGGAGACAGCAGCAUCACCUGAAGCUACUGCGGCCGGAGACCAGCUCUCAUUUGUUCCCAAAUCCCAUAGGCAAAGUCCUGAAUUCUCACCAGCCUCCCCAACACCACCACCAAAUGGAGCCAAGGGCAAACAUAAACCCCAGCAUACGAAAUCUAUAUUGCUUCGGUCCUCCCGGGGAAUUGAAGUGGAAGGUUGCAUCCGAAUGUAUGAACUGGUCCACAGGAUGAAAAGAACAGAAGGCCUGCGGCAGUGGCAGGAGAAGCAGGAGAGGAAGGUGCGAGCGCUCUCCGAGAUGGCCUCCGAACAGCUGAAGAGGUUCGAUGAACAGAAGGAGUUGAAGCAGCAUAAAGAAUUCAAGGACCUACAGGAAGUCAUGGAGAAAAGUACCAGAGAAGCUCUGGGACACCAGGAGAAGCUAAAAGCUGAGCAUCGGCACAGAGCAAAGAUUCUGAACCUGAAACUUCGAGAGGCAGAGCAACAGCGCCUGAAGCAGGUGGAGCUGGAGCGGCUUCGGAAGGAGGAGGGCCGGGUCCGCCUGCGUCGCCUCUAUGCGCUGCAGGAGGAGAUGCUGCACCUCAACCAGCAGCUAGACUCCUCUGAUACGCAGACGGACCUGCUCGAGACAGACCUGUGUGCGUGCCGGGCCCGAGGCAACCAGCUCUGCAGCCUCAUCUCAGAGAUCGUUCGGGCCUCUUCCGAGAGUGUCUUUCCCACCAUUGAGGACCAAGCAGUGGCUGAGCAAGCUCUGCAUGAAAUGCGGGACCUCCUUAGGAACUUGGAGCGGGAGAUCACCAGAGCCUGCGAAGAGAAGCGGAGGCGGGAUGAAGAGGCAGCCCGGGUAAAACAGCAAGAGGCACAGGUGCAGAAGCCCGAAGCCCAGAAAGCCUUCCCAGCUCCAAGCCAGGGUCCGGGGGGGAAGCAGAAUGAAGACCUCACAGUGAAAGUACAAGACAGUACAAUGCAGUGGUACCAGCAGCUGCAGGAUGCGGCCCGUCAGUGUACGUUGGCCUUUGAGGGACUGACCAACAGCAAGGACAGUCAGACCAAAAAGAUCAAGAUGGACCUCCAGAAGGCUGCCACCAUCCCAGUGAGCCAGAUUUCUACGAUUGCAGGCUCGAAACUGAAGGAGAUCUUCGACAAGAUCCACAGCUUGCUCUCUGGAAGACCGGUUCAAUCUGCGGGACGCUCCGUGUCCGUCGCACUUACCCCACAGGGGCUGGACUUUGUCCAGUACAAACUGGCAGAGAAGUUUGUGAAACAAGGAGAGGAGGAGGUGGCCUCUCAUCAUGAAGCAGCAUUCCCCAUUGCAGUUGUAGCAUCUGGGGUCUGGGAGCUGCACCCCAAAGUGGGGGACCUCAUUCUUGCUCACCUGCAUCAGAAGUGUCCUUAUUCUGUUCCUUUCUAUCCGCCUUUCAAGGAGGGAAUGGCUUUGGAAGACUAUCAGAGGAUGCUCGGGUACCAGGUGAAGGAUUCCAAAGUAGAGCAGCAGGACAACUUCCUCAAGCGCAUGUCUGGGAUGAUCCGGCUCUAUGCUGCCAUUAUCCAGCUCCGGUGGCCAUAUGGAAACCAACAAGAGAUUCACCCGCAUGGCUUAAACCAUGGCUGGCGCUGGUUGGCACAGAUCUUGAACAUGGAGCCCCUGUCAGAUGUGACAGCCACCCUACUCUUUGACUUUCUGGAGGUGUGUGGCAAUGCUCUCAUGAAACAGUACCAGGUCCAGUUCUGGAAGAUGCUACUUCUCAUCAAAGAAGACUACUUCCCCAGAAUUGAAGCCGUCACAAGCUCAGGACAGAUGGGUUCCUUCAUUCGCCUCAGACAGUUUUUAGAGAAAUGUUUGCAACGCAAGGAGAUUCCUCUCCCCAAGGGCUUCCUGACUUCCUCCUUCUGGCGCUCCUGAUGUCAGCUCCAUCACCUGUGCCCCCCUUCUGUUGUUCUAUAUGCAAAGUGGCAAUAAAAAAAAAAAAAGCACCUGAAGACAGCGAUCGCCAGGAGAAAUCAUGUCAGAUUUAGAGAUCUGCCAACAUAUGUUUUUGUAUAUUUGAACCUUGAGGCCACAAACUCUAGGAGUGCUCUUAGACUUGGUAGCUCCUCAUGGGGUUCACGUGGUAACAGAAUCAAUGGAAUUGCCCUUUCUUGGGUCAGUGAAACUUAGGAGAAGAGUUAUAAGAAGAGGCACGUAGCACCCAGUGCCAUCCUUUAUUUCCCUUGGCUCUAGUACCUUUCAGAAAAUAAUUUAUACCUUACUAUUUAACUUGGCAGAAAUGGGUCCACCACUUUCACUCUCCUCCCCACAUUCCCCACUCCGGUUCAAAUGAAUUUCCAGGAGAAGCAGACUCUUGUGGUCCCUUUCAUAGAUUAACUAUUUCAAUGUAAUUUAAUAGUGGAGACCUAAAUCUGUACAAUACGUGUGGGUUGUGGUUGGUGUGCCUUUCUCGGCUUGUGAAGUACUUGUAAAGCCAGAGAAAAGGCGUGAUGCAGACAGACGUCCCAGGUUCCAUCAGGAUGGCCACGCGCCUGGGGGGAGCACUGUUAGCACAGGUUCUGUUGAACUGACAAGUACUCUUCGCCUUCAUGCUUUACAUACGGCCCCUGAGUGCUAGGGAUGCACGUACCAUUUUUUGUUUUUCAGUUUGCAAUAAGAUAGAUGGGCUGAGAUGGGGUUUUCAGCAUUAUAUAAGACUUCAGUAUCUAUAAGUAAUGAAUCAGGGUUAAAUAAAGCUAUUAAGGGGGAAUUGAGAGUCCUUAUAUUUUUGAUGUGUUCUGUGUAAUGAAAGAUGAUAAAUUUGCAUUAUUAUUUUUGAUGUGGUCUGUGUAAUAGAAGAUGAUAAAUUUGCCUGACUAGAGCCACUGAAAAUUUGGAGCUUGAUUGUUCAGCUAAGAGAUGAGGCUGUUGUGAUUUUUUAAUCAGAGGGAGCAACCAUAGAUGGUUUCCUCUGUUCACAGAAUAGCAUGUAUGUGGAUGGGUGGGUGGUUGUUCACUAGUACUCUUGAGUGACAUGUGCAGUUCCAUGAAUUGUUGACUGUGAUGCCAAAAACGAAGUAAUAAAGCUUGAUCUUUUUAAAACCCA